GUUGUUCCUGUUUCCUGCAGUUCUCUUUGCUGAGCUUGUUAUUAGUCAGGCAUCGAGGAGCAGAGGCGAAUCACCUGGGAAGAGACAAACAGCAAUGAUUGGACGUAGCGAUGGCGGGUUGGCUGACGCCAACUAUGGUGAUAGCCAGGCAAACAUUACCAAUGUGGAAUCUCCCGCAAGGGAUGUGCAAUCUUUCUCAUCGCCACUGGAGCAGUAUACGUCAUCUCCUGAUGACAUGAUGAAGCAGCCCACCUUGCCUACAAACACAGUGACACCAUCACCAAGUGAGGGACUACACGCCAGCGAACGCGCGUCAUCCAGUGAAUACCUCUCCAAGCCUGAUACGAUGCCCAGCGUGGCACCAGCAGCGGCACCACCAUCGCCCCAACAGCUGAGAGUAUCAGAAAACAAGAAAGAAGCAAACGAAUGUAUCGUCAACAGACCCUGUACCACCAGUAGUCGCAGUACGGCGGGCAGCCGCAAAGGCAGCAGUGGCGGCGCUAGCAGGAACACAAGCGGCAGCAGUAGCAGAAGCAGAAGAAGCAGUAGCAGCAGCAGCAGCAGCGGCAGCAGCAGCAGUGACAAUGAAAGUGACACUAUAACAUCUGCAGAUAGAUUACACAAUCCCAGUCAUGGGCAUCCUGGUCAUCCCAGUCACCACACUCAUCCUAGUCACCACAUUCAUCCCAGUCAUCCUGCUCAUCGCGCUAAUCCUGCUAAUCCCAGUCUUCAUCCCAGUCAUCUCAAUCAUCCUGGUCAUCAGACUCAGCCUGGAUGUCCUAGCUGUCACGUCACAAGUAAGAUUCUGCAACAGGAUAUUAAGUUAAUUAAGAUGAAGGUCAAGAAUAUGACAGAGUUUCGAAAUAUGAAUUCCGUCUUACGCAAGGCAUUGUCUUCAUGCCAGGCAUUGCUGACGGCUCAGAAUCGAGUCAGGAACCUACUCCAGGAUCAGUCUAAAUCUAAAAUAGCAAUGCUGGAUGGAGCCAAGAGGAAUCUGGAGGAGCUCACCGCAGCCAUGGAGAAGCUGCAAAACGAGCGGGAUACACAAAAGGGUGGAACUGGUGGUGUGCAAACAAGCCAACAUGGCUCCCCGAGCCUACAAGCAUCACUUCCUCAACUCAACGCUGAGAAAACCAGACAACUACCUUCCAGGUCACAGCCAUAUCCAGCAUCACGGUCGGCUUACAAGCAACUUCCGCGUGCUCUUUCAGCAUCCCUGCAAAGAUCGUAUUUGCGAGAGAGAAUCAGCACACCACCGCCACUGCAAGCCCUUAACUAUGAGAGUGAAGACGAUCACAGUCAUAUGUAUUCUAGAGGUGACGCUGUGUCUCCACCGUCGCAGGCGCGCCGAGCACCAAUCUCCAUGCAGUUGCCAGCGCCAUCACCACCUGCAGCUCACCGGCCACACUUGUCAUUGGUGCCAUCCGCAACCAUGGAUUAUUGCGAACGUGUUAGCCCAGUGCAUACCAUUGAUGAGGUUCCACUGGAAGUUCAGAGAGAGCUGCGUGAGUUUUCUGCAAAGUUCAAUCGCAGGCGUUUAUCACUGCGUCUAACACAAGUGGAAGUUGGUCAGAGUAUCGGUCAAAUGGGCACGCCAGACUUUGCUCAGAGCACUAUUUCUCGUUUCGAAAAACUGACGCUCAGCUACGAGAAUGUGAUGAAGUUGCGUCCUUACAUUGAAAAGUGGAUGUCGCUGAGCGACCAUGAGGCAUUGUCAAUUUGUUCUCCUGCAACCGCUGCCAUUAGCUCAUCAGCCGCCAGUGGCCGAGUCAAUGCUGAAAAUAACAAUCCUGCCGCCAAUAGAAGUGACAUGGACAUGGCACAGUCCAGUGUUGUCCCCACUGCUGUUGCUCCACAAGAUCUCCAGCCUGCUGGCAGCAUUGCGUAUCAAGUUCAGCCCAAGAAUGUCAUCCCCGUGACGGCUGGUACACAUGUGUGCGCUAUGCCACUUCAGGCUGCCCAUGACCCCGAGUCCCAUCAUGGCCAGCUCCAUCGCCACCAGCACCUGAAAUACCAGCAUCACAAGGAACAACAGCAGAAUUACCAGCAGCAUCACCACCAGCACCACCCACACCCAGUUCACAACUCUCGCGAAGCAGCAGCAGAAACACAGCAAUCGGUUGUAAGGGAAGGCAUGCACAUAGCAGCUCCAGGAUACAGCACAGACUACGCGCAGCAACCGCUUGUAAUGGAAGGCAUGCAUAUUGCAGCUCCAGGAUACAGCACAGACUACGCGCAGCAACCGUUUGUAAUGGAAGGCAUGCAUAUUGCAGCUCCAGGAUACAGCACAGACUACGCGCAGCAACCGUUUGUAAUGGAAGGCAUGCAUAUUGCAGCUCCAGGAUACAGCACAGACUACGCGCAGCAACCGUUUGUAAUGGAAGGCAUGCAUAUUGCAGCUCCAGGAUACAGCACAGACUACGCAAAGGCCCGUCAUCAACCGCAGAACCCUCAUUCCCAUCAUGCACAGCCCAGUUCUAGCAAUCCUCACCCCGUCACCUAUUAUAGAUCUGGACAAGGCGUGCUGACGGCUGAUGGGCAUUCAGCUCGCAUGACUCCAGUGGAUGAUAUCCGGACACCAUCAAACAGCAUGCUGACAAUACCAGCUCAUCGCAAAAGAAAGCGUCGUCUCGUGCUGGAUCAAGACCAAAGAAAAUAUUUGGAGGAGAGCUUCGGAGUGCAGCCAAGACCAUUGCCAGAAGAUCUCCGCCGAAUUGCUCACAUGCUCAAUCUGGAGAAGGAGGAGGUCCGAGUGUGGUUCUGCAAUCGGCGUCAGAGGGAGAGACGACUUACAGGGGCCGGCCCUCAAAGCAGGCAUCAAUCUGCCCAUAUGGAUCUCGAGCCCUAUGAUGGUAAUGUUGGAGGAGAUGGAGCUGGAGGUGCUGAAAAUAUACCCGGUGCCCUGUUAAGUCACAGCUGCGAUACACACCACUCUCCUGAGGCAUAAUAAUUAUUAUGAAG